GUAGAUUUACUUUGACAGACAGCCAGUGAGUGAGCUAACAUGUGAGCAGCUAUGUUUACUACAACUACGCUUCAUACAUGACAAAAAAUACUUUAUGCGUUCAGUUUUCCCGAACAGAGAACUUUAAAUACAUAAACGUUAUUUAGGUACGUUGUUUUUAUUUCCGGCUUUUGAAAACGGGCUAACGUCAGAGCUGAAAUCUAGCAUGUCCUCUGUGUUUAGCUACUGUCAGCUCUGUUAGCCUUUGUGGACAAAAACUGACUGAACUUAACGCAGGUUUCAUACAAAAUGUCUGCGUGUAAAAGAUUGCUUUACCUGGUAAAGCACAGGAGCCUUUGGGCACAGGUCCGGAGAAAUGUGACAACAUGGUCGCCUGUUGGAGCUGCUUUCAAUGCCAAACCUCACAGGAGACUGGAUGUGUUUGAGAAGAACGUGGGCUUGUUUGGAGUCCCAGAGCUCAGCUGUCCUGCAGGCUUCCAGGCAGCAGCAAAGACCGCUCUGAAGAACACACAGCGGCUGGUGGAAAAAGCUUGUUCUUGUCCUCCAGGAGCUGAGACAGUCGAGUGUUUUGACCAGCUGUCAGAUGGUUUGUGUAAAGUGGCCGAUCUGGCAGACUUCAUAAAAGUAGCUCAUCCAGAUCCAGCGUUUCGAGAGGCUGCAGAGAAGACCUGCGUAGAUAUUGGCACGGUUGUGGAGAAAUUGAACACCAACGUUGAGCUGUGCAAGAGCCUAAAGAAUCUGCUGGACAACCCGAACAUUGUAGCCCAGCUGGACCCUGAUACGAGGCGAGUGGCAGAAUUGUUCAUGUUUGACUUUGAAAUCAGUGGAAUUCAUCUGGAUGACAAACGGAGGAAAGAGGCUGUCGGGCUCCAUGUGAAGCUGUUGGAUCUAAAUAAUGAGUUCCUGGUUGGCUCACACAUGCCGAACAGAAUCGCAAGGUCUGCCAUUCCUGAGCAUCUGCACCUGCAGUUUGCCAGUGAAGGAAGCUUCAUUCAAGUUGCGGGGUUGCAUGCAGACUCCCCAGAUGACUUGGUGCGAGAGAUUGCCUACAGGAUUUACCUCUAUCCCAAUGCAGAUCUUAUGGACUGUCUGGAAGAGCUGCUAAAAUGCCGACACAAACUGGCCAAGCUGGUGGGCUACGAGUCCUAUGGACACAGAGCCCUGAAGGGAACGAUGGCCAAAACACCAGAGACAGUGAUGAACUUUCUUCAGCUGUUAACAGACAAGCUGUCAGAUAAAACAGCAAAAGACUUUAAGAUGAUGAGAGACAUGAAGAAGAAACUCAACCCCCGUAAUGCUGAACUGAUGCCUUGGGAUCAUCCAUUCCUCAGUGGUGUGUUGCGUGCUGAAAGGUACAACAUAGAGCCCAGUCUGUACAGUCCCUACCUGUCUCUUGGUGCCUGUAUGGAGGGUUUGAACAACCUCUUCUCUCAGCUGUAUGGUGUCUCCCUCAUGUCUGAACAUCCCAGCGCCGGAGAGGUGUGGAGCGAGGACGUCCGCAAACUGGCUGUGGUACAUGAAACAGAGGGAUUACUGGGAUACAUCUACUGUGACUUUUUCCACCGGUCAGAUAAACCUCAUCAGGACUGUCACUUCACUAUCCGCGGCGGCCGUUGGUGUCAGGAAACGAGUCAGUACCAGCUGCCGGUUGUGGUGCUGAUGCUGAGCCUGCCACACCCCAGUAAGAGCGCCCCCACCCUGCUCACGCCUGGUAUGAUGGAGAACCUCUUCCAUGAGAUGGGACACGCCAUGCACUCCAUGCUGGGACGCACUCGCUACCAGCAUGUGACAGGAACCAGAUGUUCAACGGAUUUUGCUGAAGUUCCCUCUAUCCUCAUGGAGUACUUUGCCACUGACUAUCGAGUCAUCAGCCAGUUUGCACGCCAUUAUGAAACUGGACAGCCUCUACCUGAGAGUAUGGUGGCUCGCCUGUGUGAGUCAAAGAAGGUGUGUGGAGCCGCAGACACCCAGCUGCAGAUUUUCUAUGCAGUCUUGGACCAGAUCUACCACAGUAAACCUCAGAACCGCUCCACCACAGACAUCCUGAAGGACAUGCAGCAGAAAUUCUACGGCUUGCCAUACACACCCAAUACGGCUUGGCAGCUGAGAUUCAGCCACCUGAUUGGCUACGGAGCCAAGUACUACUCCUACCUCAUGUCACGAGCCGUGGCCUCCAUGGUGUGGAAGCAGUGCUUCAUUCAGGAUCCCUUAAACAGGGACAUGGGUGAGCGUUACCGCCGGGAGAUGUUGGCCCACGGAGGAGCCAAGGAGCCCAUGCUGAUGGUGGAAGGCAUGCUGCAGAGACGGCCCACAAUGGAGGACUUCGUGGAGGCGCUGGUGUCUGAGCUCAACCCGAACUUCGAGACCUUCAUCAUGGACUCUGAAAGUUGAAAGAUGCUUUUUGGCUGCAUGGAAACGGACUUUACAAGGCAGAGAAUGAGGACUCACACAAAGAUGCUGGGCUGAGAGGUGAAACACUUCACAUUCUCAGCUUCUUCAUUUUGUCUGUGAAUGAAUUGUCAGCAUUUUUAUAUAUGUAGUCUCCUUUAAAGUCACAUUGACUUAUUUAAUAUUCUGUAUAUUCCCCUGUCAGCAUAAGUUAACACGAACAGAAUUAAAGAGUUGCUCUGAAUCCUGAUGAUCUCUA